AUGGGUUCUAUCACAGAGCAUCCCCUCAUCAUCAACAAGCCUGCUGAGGGCAUCUCAUACUUCACACCAGCACAGGUUCCACCAUCGGGGACAGCCAAAAACCCUCAAUCCUCUGGUCAUGCCGUCCCCAAAUUAUUUCAACCUCUCACCAUCCGAGGCGUCACCUUUCAGAAUCGUGUCUUCGUCUCUCCCAUGUGUCAAUACUCUGCUCAGGAUGGUCAUAUGACGGAAUGGCACGUCACACACAUAGGGGGCAUCGUGCAGCGCGGUCCUGGUCUCACCAUUCUCGAAGCAACCUCGGUCACCCCAGAGGGAAGAAUCACCCCUGAAGACAGUGGUCUCUGGAAAGACAGCCAGAAGGAGCCUCUGCGGAGAAUCGUCGAGUUUGCCCACAGCCAGGGUCAGAAGAUUGGUAUCCAGAUCGGUCAUGCUGGACGAAAGGCUAGCACUGUCGCUCCCUGGCUGAGUAUGGGAAAUGUUGCCUUGGAAGAAGCCAACGGAUGGCCAGACGAGACUGUUGCCCCAAGUGCCAUUGCCUUCCAACCAACAUACACCAACCCCAAAGAAUUGACCAUCGAGGGCAUUCAACAAAUCAAAGAUGCGUUUGUCGCCACGGCAAAGAGAGCCAUUGACGUCGGAUUUGAUGUCAUUGAACUCCAUGGUGCCCACGGGUACCUGAUGCACGAAUUCUUGAGCCCAGUCAGCAACAAACGAACCGAUCAAUACGGUGGCUCAUUUGAAAACAGAACUCGCUUCAUCCGGGAAACCACAGAAGCAGUUCGAGCAGCCAUCCCCAAAGACACGCCACUAUUCUUCCGCAUCAGCGCCGACGACUGGCUAUCAGGACAAGAAGACUUCCCCGAAAGCUGGACCGUCGACGACACCGUCAAGCUGGCACCGAUCCUACAAGAGCUAGGCGUUGAUCUAUUGGAUGUUAGCUCAGGUGGAAUCCAUCCGGCGCAGAAAAUCAAGGGCGGACCAGGCUACCAAGUCCCCUUUGCCAAAGCCGUCAAGGACAAAGUCGGUGACUCUCUCGCCGUCACGGCAGUCGGCUCCAUCAGCGAAGGCAAACAAGCAUCCGAGAUCGUCGACCUUGCAGGUCUGGAUGCGGUGUUCGUUGGGCGUUAUUUCCAGAAGAACCCGGGCCUGAUCUGGACGUUUGCUGAAGACCUCAAUGUCGAGAUUCACGUGGCACAUCAGAUCUCGUGGGGUUUCGGUGGGCGUGCCGGUGGGAAGAAUAAGGCACCUCAGAAGUCUGCAAGAUAG